AUGGGAAAGAAGAAGAAAAACGAGGAAGAAGCCAAAGUAGUUGUUGCAGAAUUCAAAGUCUCAAUGCACUGCAAUGCAUGUGAAAGAAUAGUUGCCAAAACCUUGUUGAAAAUCAAAGAAGUGGAGAAGUUUGGAACAGACAUGAACAACCACAAGGUUGUGGUGAUGGGGAAGAUUGACCCUGAAAAGGUAUUGAAGAAACUGAGGAAAAAGACAAGGAAGAAAGUAGAGAUCAUUGUUGACAAGGAAGAAGAACCAAACGAUGCGUCUGAUGAAGGAAACUUAUCGAGACCAUUGAUUGUUCAUCCACUCAUGUUUGAUUGCUGCAAAGAGAGUGAUGGGUUACUUUUGAUGUUUAGUGAUGAGAAUCCUAACGCUUGUUCCAUAAUGUGA